AUGACACUACCAAAAUGUCAGCACAAAGGAUGCCGUGAGGCUUCUGCUUGCUACUUAUCGGAGAAGAACCUGUACCUUUGACAGUAUCACCGGUUCACUCGAUAUCCUAACGAAGAUUCAGUACCUCUUGUUGAUGAUGUUAUUAUUGAAACUGAUCUGAAAGCUAUCGAAAUCUGCAGAAAAGAUUUCCUAGCCUACACUCAAAUGCUGAAUGAAGGACGCAUCCCUCCAGAUGAAGAUGAUCUAAGCACAACUGUGAGAGUAGAGUUCCAGCAUAUCUCUGAUGAACUAAAGGAAGCCCAAGAAACCCGCAAGUACUACAAGUCAUAUGAACUGCUCGAUAAAACUUUGAAGAUUAAAAAUGUCUUGCAAAAAGAUUCACUUUACGUUGAGCAUUUGGUGACUAGAGCUUGGAAUCAAUCACUUUCAACUGUCAAAGAUGAAUCUCUGAAGAGCUCUGAGCUUGUCCAAAUGGAGCUAAAAGAGAAGUAUGAUGCCAUAUUUGACACGAUAUCCAAGAAGUUCAGAGAAUUUAGGAAUGAGAUCAAGCAAAGACACAUCGAAGAACUUAAGGCUACUGAACAGGAGAAGGAGAAUCUUAAGGCAGACUAUGACAACAUUAAACUGGGACUAAUCUCCAAGCUAAACCUCUCCGAGUGCUCUUACCUCAGCCUUCUCUACAAAAUUACCACUGGGCAAGACAAACAGAUCGGACCUGAAACUGGACUGACACUUACACUUAACAAUCCCAAACACAUGGAAUUUCUAACAUCCCUGAACAAGAGAAUGCCAGACAUUGAUUGACUUGAUCUUGACAACAUCCCUCUGAACUGCCAAGAAGUCAACACUUUCCUGGCCACCCAUUUCCCCAACAAAGUGAGGGUCCUCCAUUUUAACUUUGGCUCUUCUGUGAGUAGUUGUGUGUCCUUUUACUUGGAGGAACUGGUGGAAGUGAGUAAGAGAGUCACUGGACAGUUGUUUAUUUAUAAUUUUGAAGUCCCUCAGGAUCAACUCGUCUCCCUCUUCUCCGCUAACAGACAUACAAAGUACUUUGGGCUUCCUUUCUGCAAACUCUCCCUGUCUUCUGUUCCUGGUUUCGGAGGAACCCUUGCUGGCAGUACGAUGCAAGGAUUAAAUUUGGGUGGCUGAGGAGGUUCUUCGUAUGGUGACUGGGGCAACAAUGAGUCCCACUUUGAAAACCUGAUUGCUGGGCUUUCUAAAGAGGAGGAUUUUAGGGAGAAUCUGAAGUGGAUUGGAAUGGGCAAGUGUGGAAUGGAGAUGAAUGUUGUGAAGAAGAUUUUAGUUGAUCAUGGCUUUGGACAUGUCGAAAUUGCCAGUUACUGGAAGUAGAUGCCAAA